CAUCUUCCCAAUUCAAUUCGAUUUCAUCUUCCCACCCAACACGGAUCGAUCGUGCCAAUCCACCCAAUAAAUCCAUCCACGCACACACCCGCCGAGACGAAGCAACGAUUUGUGAUCCAUCCAGCUUGAACAAGGCAAUCGAUUUGGGAUCGAUUGACGGCCAAUUUGAAGACUGGGAGGAUCCGAUGGACGAUUACGGCAAAGAGAAGGACAUGCAGUGGCCACCGGCUCCUCCCGCCUACGGCUACCCCGACGACGACGGCGGCGGCAAGCGGCCGCCCUUCGUCCUCAUCGAUCCAAAGGCCUACUUCGCCGACCGCAAGAACGCCACCACCGCCUUCUGCGAUAUGAAGGCCCCCAAGCUCAAGGGCCGACUCCAGGUCACCUUCUGCGCCGUCGCCCCGCCGCUCGUCUCCUACUUCUGCGUCCACGCCACCCACAUGGACCACACCGAGUUCGCCGUAUCGCCCUUCAUCGUGGCCACCGAGACCGACGGCGGCCUCGUCCUCCUAUGCGUCGUCGCCGGUAAGCGUCCAACCGAUGCCCAGCUUCUCCGAAAUCGCCAAUACUUCGUCUACGACGCCUGCGACUGCCAACUUUACCACCUCCCGCACCCUGGCCCCCAACACGAAAUCAACGGCUUCUCGCUCGCCAUCAUGCGCGAGCCCAACAAAGGCACCGGCACCUGCAACCUACACCCCCAUGGACAGGCAGAGUUCGGUCACUUCGUCGUUGCCGCACAAGCUCGCUUCUUCUGGGGUAAAGAAUCUCCUCAGCUCUGCAUCUAUCACUCUGCUACCAAGACCUGGAGCAAGAAGCCGGUGGUGAUAGAUUCAUCUCGAGAAAAACACUCCACAACCAAGACAUUCACCAUUGGAGGACCCAAGGGCACCGUGGCCUGGGUGGAUCUUUGGCGCAACAUCAUCUUCUGCGACGUGCUCGCCGAACGCCCCAAGCUCAGCUACCUGAAUCUGCCACCGGCCCUCAGGCCCCGCCCCAACAUGGGGGCUGGCGAUGCAAGGUCUCAUCGCAACAUUGCGGUCCUUGGCAACACCAUCAAGUACGUCGAGAUGCUGCCUCACCCCGACAGAAGCUCCUCUAAGCCCGCCUCCCAUCGUUGGGAGGUCGCAGCAUGGAGCAUCCAGAAGGCAAAUCGGUCCUGGCCCAAGGACUGGCACACCGAAUGCAACCUCGAUUCCACCCAUAUAAAGGUUGAUUCUGGUACCACAGCGGCUGCCCUCCCAACCCUGUCGACUCUCCACGUUGGCCUGCCCACCGUCAGCCUGCAGAAUGAUGCCAUUAUUUACUUCCUCGCCAAGAUUGACUACCGCCAAAGCGAACACACAGCAUGGGUGCUUGCUGUUGACAUGCAGACCAAGACUGUCACGCAAGUGGCCGAGUUUUGCGCCGAGAGGACUCUUGGUUUAGCCUUGGGCUACAAUGCAAGUAGCAUCUCAGCAUAUCUCCAAACUGCUCCAGGUAACUGA